AAUUCACAUUGUCAGUCAUUUUUCAUAAACUCCCAAAAUCACUAAUGUAAAUCUAAAAUUGUGUUGCAAUGCAGAUGAGUCCAGCUACUUUAUGCAUGAUAAAUAAAUGUUUCUUUUAUAACACAAAAUGGGUUCAAAUACUCAUACAAUACUUCCCUGCAAUCGAGAGAAAAAUAUUACAAGCCUGGGUAGAUAAACUUGUUAAUAUGAACAAAUCUCUGGAUGAAAUGAUGAUAAGGAAUAAUUAUAUGUGGUUUUUGUUAAUUAUGCUGAAAACAAGAAAAGCUAGAACUCCUUUCAAUAAACUACCACCACAAAAACUGGGAAUUUUUUCUGAAAUAAUUAUUCCUGAGGUUUAUCAGGAUAUGCUAAUUCCAAAGUAUAUAGAAAUUAAUGACUAUGCUGCAAGUAAUAGACGUUCUCUACCCGAAAAAUAUACAAGGAAGUCAUUAACAAAAUUUUUAGAGAAACAGGAUAAUAAAAAUGAAGCUAAUAGAUAUUCUUAUCCAACAUCAGUGAAAGAUUCUAAAAAGAUGGGAUUUUAAAAAUGUUAUGUAUUUUAACAAUAAAAAAAAUUGCAUAAAUACUUUAGAGCAAGUAA